GGGUGGAGUCCAGCAUCCCUUCAACUUCCUUCUACUUAGCUCCACCUCUUAAAGUUUCUACCUCCCAGCAGGACCAUGGGCUGGAGUAUCAAGCCUUCAACAUCAUUUAUUGUACGACAUUUAGGACCCAAACUAAAUGAAUGGCGGACAUGCUGGCACUGAUGGAGAGGCUGGAAUGCGCGGUCAGCCGGCUGGAGCAGCUGUCUGCAGCUUCACGUGGGCCUCCUGGAGACUGCGGAGAAGUUAAUGGUGUCAAUGGAGGCGUGGCACCGUCUGUGGAAGCCUUUGACAAGCUGGUGAUCAGUAUGGUGGCCGAGUUCUUAAAGAACAGCAGAGUCCUUGCUGGGGACGUCGAGACUCAUGCAGAAAUGGUGCACAGUGCUUUCCAGGCCCAGCGUGCUUUCCUUCUCAUGGCCUCUCAGUACCAACAACCCCAGGAGAAUGAAGUGGCUGUCCUUCUGAAACCCAUCUCGGAGAAGAUUCAAGAAAUACAGACUUUCCGAGAGAAAAACCGGGGAAGCAGCAUGUUCAACCACCUCUCUGCGGUCAGCGAAAGCAUCCCCGCCCUGGGGUGGAUAGCUGUGUCCCCCAAACCUGGUCCUUAUGUCAAAGAGAUGAAUGAUGCUGCCACCUUUUACACUAACAGGGUCCUGAAGGACUACAAACACAGUGAUCUGCGCCAUGUGGAUUGGGUCAAGUCCUAUCUCAACAUCUGGAGCGAGCUUCAGACCUACAUUAAGGAGCACCACACCACAGGUCUCACUUGGAGCAAAACAGGUCCUGUGGCAUCCACAGCAUCCGCGUUUUGCGUCCUCUCCUCUGGGCCUGGUCUCCCACCACCACCUCCACCGCCACCCCCUCCUGGGCCACCUCCGCUUUUUGAGAACGAGGGUAAAAAUGAGGAGUCUUCUCCUUCUCGCUCAGCUUUGUUCGCCCAGCUUAACCAGGGAGAAGCCAUCACAAAAGGGCUCCGGCAUGUCACAGACGACCAGAAGACAUAUAAGAACCCCAGCCUGAGGGCUCAAGGACAAGCUCGAUCUCCAACCAAAACCCACACUCCAAACCCUACAUCUCCAAAAUCCAAUCCUCCUCAGAAACAUGCUCCAGUGUUAGAGCUGGAAGGGAAGAAAUGGAGAGUGGAAUACCAAGAGGACAAGAAUGACCUUGUCAUCUCAGAGACUGAGCUGAAACAAGUGGCUUACAUUUUCAAGUGUGAAAAGUCCACUCUUCAGAUAAAGGGGAAAGUAAAUUCCAUCACUGUUGAUAACUGCAAGAAGUUCGGCCUGGUGUUUGAUAAUGUGGUGGGCAUUGUGGAAGUCAUCAACUCCAAGGACAUUCAGAUCCAGGUAAUGGGAAGAGUGCCAACAAUUUCCAUUAAUAAGACGGAAGGGUGCCACCUGUACCUCAGUGAAGACGCACUAGACUGUGAGAUCGUGAGUGCCAAGUCAUCUGAGAUGAAUGUCCUGAUCCCUCAGGGUGACGAUUAUAGAGAAUUUCCCAUUCCUGAGCAGUUCAAGACAGUGUGGGAUGGAUCCAAGCUGGUCACUGAACCUGCGGAAAUUAUGGCCUGACACCCGGGAGGUAGCCUUCCCUGAGUCUCCUCUAGCAAACCAACAGAAGCAAGUAGCUAAUAGGAACUAGAUUUCACCACAGCCCCUGCCUCUGUGUCAGCCUCCUGUGGUUCUGUGCUGUGGAAACAGUGUCCUUUCUGACGCGCUUUUGUGGGCAUUUUGAAAUAUUUAACAUUUGAUCAUGAUUUGUGUGUGAUUUUAGUUCCACAUGAGCACAGAAGAAUUAAAGGAGAAAGAAUUCUGUUCCUAUCGUAUCGUGGACACCAUAACUGGCAAGGAAAAUCCCUGCUCAUUUCAUCACUUAGGUUUAAUUGCUAGAAAAAUGAAGCCUUAGAGAAUCUCUGUAUGUUUUUACCUUCUAGACAAUUUUAAUAUGAUAAAAUAGUCUUGUGCCCUGAAAAAUAUGACUCUAUUUUUAAUUUUUACAUGUUCACCUUUAUCGGCGUGGCUAUCCUGUCAGCAUGAAUACACACACACACACACACACACACACACACACACACGCACGCACGCACGCACGCACACACACACACACACACACACACGUAAAUUCCAAGGACCAAACUCAGUUUCUUGGUCCUGGGAAAAACAAUAUACCUUCUAUAGUUAGUGAAAGACAAAAGAAAUUCUAACUUUUCAUCUUAAAUAUUUUCCUGCUGAGUCCCUUGAAAACGCUUAUUUGUCUGCAUAUCCUGAAGCCACAUGGCGGGAGGGGCAUGAGAUCCUCAUUUUGCUGUGUAAUACCUCAUAGCUCUGCUCUAAGAAUGGCUCAGCCUUUGCGUUCCAGUUUUGACGUCACUCACUACCCAACGCCCCAUACAGACUCUCACGCUUGUUAGAAAUGGGUUUCUCUUCCAUCCACCAGGCUUGCCAUGCUAUCCAGCCUCCAGGAGGAACACAGAGAGCCAGACUACCGCUUCAAGCACUGUUUGUUCUGCCCUGCUCCUGUUCUAGUCUGGAUAGUACACGCUUUUUCCAGUGAGCAGUGACGCUCUCCGUAGCUCUUCCCUGCACAACACUGGGAACCCUGCAGUUUCUUGUCACACUGUAGCACAACGCUUGUGGAACCAAUGGGAGUGUCUACAUUGUGCCUAUGAGAGCCUCUGAAUAUCAUUGUCAUCUUUUGAAUAGCUUCUAUAUCCAUAUAGCAUUCAGAUCACUGAUGUUCAUGUAUCAAGGUUUUGCUAUAAAAGUUCUGUCCUUAUGAAUAAUGUGGCUUUAGUAAAUACCAUUUUUGAACAGUAAACUUACACUAAGUAAAAACUAAUUGUUUAAAUACUGA